AUGCUGGUGGAAAAAACCCAGAUGAUGUCACCAACUUUUGGUGUCCAGCCCGCCUUAGGUGUUAAGCCACGGCAUGUUCAAACCACAAUCAAUUACUACAGAGACCCUGGCGACGGAACCCAACAUGCCCCGAGUAUCGCGGGCAAAAGGAGCACGUUCAACCAGCCUUCUAUUGAGCAGGACACUGUUGUCACCGACAUCACUGGGAGCGAGGAUCAGUUCACUCUCGACAGUCACGGGUUCCAGCUCGUCGACAACGUAAGCCAGAUGAAAGUGUUUGACGACGACGAACGCAUAAAGGAAGAGUAUUAUCCGGAGGUAGAGCAACUAGUCCGAGAAGUGACCGGGGCUUCACGAUUGUUUGUUUUUGACCACACAAUUCGGCGCCCAAAUCCCACAGCUGCAAGCUCAGAUGAUGAACGACGGCCAGUGAAGCGGGCACACAUCGACCAGUCUGAUUGGGCUGCAAGGCAGCAAGUCACGCGCCAUUUAGGCGAAGACGCCGAGCGCCUGCUUGAAUCCCGUUUCCAAAUCAUCAACGUGUGGCGUCCGAUCCAGACCAUUUACAAGGACCCGUUGGCUGUAUGCGACUCUCACUCGGUGCCGGAUGAGGACAUCCUGCCAGUCAAGCUGCUUCACCCGGGCUGGGUGGGAGAGCCGUGCACCAUCCACCCCAACAAGAAUCAUCGCUGGUACUACAAAAGCCAGCAGUCCCCAGGGCAGGUCAUGCUGAUAAAAUGCUAUGACUGGAAGACCGACGGCCGUGCUCGCAGGGUCCCACACGCUGCUUUCACUGACCCGGACAUGGUCGACAGGGAGCCUAGACAGAGUAUCGAGGUCCGGGUACUUGUUUUUCAUGAGAAUGAUGUCAACAGGGACUGA